AUGAGAAAAUAAUAAUAGGAAGAAGCAGAAGAAGACUAGGCAUCUCUGUUACCUAUUAAGAAUCAUAUCAAAAGAAUUGAAGAAAUGUUGGUACUAUUAAAUAAUGAUCUUGUGAAUGAUGAUAAGGAUAUCGAAAAGAAUAGACAAGAUAUCCGCAAUUUAGGAGAUGCUCAAAAUAAGGAAAGAACACAAUUACAUAACUCAUUACUUGAUCAUUGUCAUAAAAUUGUAACUGAUAUGCGAGAAUUAAAUUAACAAUCAAAAACUGAAACAUAUAAUCUAAAAUAACAACUUUCCUGUCUAAAUCAAGACAAGAUUAGAUUAUAAUAAAAUUUAAUUGUACUCGAAAAUAAAGUAAUAGAAACAGACAAAGACAUUGGCUUUAAACGUAGAAAUCAAUAAUUAAAUAAAAAAAAAUGA